AAUAUUGUCACGUGACAGACUGUUUGACAACACGCCGUAUACUUCGCUAAGUAGCUUGAACUGCAGUGAAAUUAAGUAAAUUUGAACGCCGUUGGAGACUAUCAAGGUUAUUUGACUGAAUAAACUUUCAUAAUUGAUAUAUUGUGACAUAUGUAUAGCUUAUAUAGGUACUUGCUUUCUCAAAUAACUUGCGUAAUCCACUAUUUCGAAACCUGCUGGGGUGCAGCUCGCUUGCUCCAUGGACGUGUAUUUAUAAGUUCGUGCUUGUUCCGUAUUCCGAGAAGUGUGAGUUGCACAACUGGAAGCGGAGGAUAUUGAGACCGGUUGUGUCUUUAAAGUGUGUUUAGUCCACUCGUGUUUAUUUGGACUUGCUAUCAUCAUAAGGAUAAUUUCUGAUCGCAAAGGAUUUCCUGUUUGAGAGUGACGAUCAACUGCAUCCACUAUAUAGUACGGACUUGACAUUUUUGAAGAACUGCGUGUACUAAUAUUUAUACACCUUGAUCCAGUGAACCUUAUAGUACAAUGUCUUUUCAUGGAAAUCAGCAAGGCUCAGUUCAUGGUUAUAAUCCUCCAUAUCCUCAGCAACAAUCUGGAUAUCAGUCAGGUGGUUCUGGUUAUCCCCAUCAAGGACCAGCAUUCCCCCAAUGUGGACCUGGAUAUCCUCAGCAAAUGCCAGGAUACCCCCAACAGGGGCCAGGGUAUUCUCAGCAAGGGUUUGGGUACUCCCAGCAGGUGCCAGGGUAUUCUCAGCAAGGGUCUGGAUAUCCCCAGCAGAAUCAAGGAGUUUUUCAGCCAAAACCUCCAUUCCCUCAGCAAAACACUGAGUAUAUUCAGGGGCAGGGCAUGCCAUACCAACAAAGUCCUGGCCAUCUUCAGCAGAGUUCAUCUGGAAAUGCAACAGUAACUACUAAUGCAUAUCCCCAAGCAACUCCCACAUACUCACAGGGACCAGUUGGAUAUCCACAAGGAGGAUCUGUACAUGGGAGUCUGGGUUAUCAAGCACAAUCUUUGGGAGGACCAUGUUAUGGCCAGGGAGGAAAUAUUGGGACCAAUAUAGGACCAGGUGUUUCACUUGCUCAGAGUGGUCCAACAGCUCAGUCAGCUAGCUGGGGUAUUGGACCGAGUGGAAGUAGCACACAGGGUUAUCCUGGCAGGACCGUUAGUCAAGAUCAGUAUGCUACCAAAGUAGAACUUCGAAUUGAGUGUCGUAAUCUGCUGAACAAAGAUAUCAUGUCAAAGUCUGACCCAUGUGCUGUGCUGUACCAGCAGAGACAAGGGCGCUGGGAAGAAGUGGGUCGAACAGAAAAAGUGAUCAACAAUUUAAAUCCUCGAUUCUCUACACCCAUCAAAAUUGGCUAUCUUUUUGAAGAGGUGCAGAAAGUCCGAAUAUCUGUGUAUGAUAUUGACAAUGCAACCCCUCAACUCACAGAUGAUGAUUUUCUGGGACAGAUUGAGACAACUUUGGGACAGCUGGUGUCUGGCUCACCAUACACUAAGCCAUUACUCCUUACUAAUGGAUAUAAAGCAGGAAAUGGUGUUAUAACUGUGAGCGCAGAAGAAAUCAAAGAGGGUGAUGAAAAUGUUGUUUUAACUUUCCGGGCCCAGAAACUUGACAAAAUGGAUUUUUUUGGUAAGUCAGAUCCCUAUUUGGAGAUUUUGCGAUCAGCACCAGGUGGUAGCUGGCAGCUAGUGCACAGGACAGAGGUUGUGAAAAAUAACCUCAACCCAAGCUGGAGACCUUUUGAGCUUUCUGUCAAUACUCUUUGUGGCAGGAAUAAAAAACAGAUAAUCAAGUUUGAUGUGUAUGACUGGGACAGUGAUGGGUCUCAUGAUUACAUUGGAGGAUUUUCAGCCACACUGGAAGACAUGCUCCAAGCACAGCAGCAUGAGGUUUCUUGGCCAUGUGUCAACCCCACAAAAAAAGCAAAGAAAAAAAGCUACAGCAACUCAGGUGUGGUUGUUCUGUCCUCGUGCAAGCUGAUCAAAGUGCACUCUUUUCUGGAUUAUAUAUUUGGCGGAAUGCAGAUCAACUUUACGGUGGGCAUUGAUUUCACAGCUUCUAAUGGAAACCCUUUGCAACCAACAUCGCUGCAUUACAUCAAUCCACACCAGCCCAAUGAGUACAUGCAGGCCAUCCGAGCUGUGGGUGACGUUUGUCAAGAUUAUGACAGUGACAAAAUGUUUCCAGCUUUGGGGUUUGGUGCCAAGAUACCCCCAAGUGAUCAAGUGAUGCAUGAAUUCGCCAUUAACUUCAACCCACAGAAUCCCUUUUGUGCAGGUAUUGAUGGUGUUCUGCAAGCUUACUAUGCCUGUAUCCAGCGUGUGCAACUGUAUGGACCCACUAAUGCCUCUCCUAUUAUUCGUCAUGUUGCUAACUUUGCUGCAGCUGCCCAGCGAGAGGAACCUCAGAAAGGUGCCCAUGCUUACUUCAUUCUGCUAAUGCUAACUGAUGGAGUUCUCAGUGACAUGAGCAACACACGUGAUGCUAUUGUAAAAGCUUCACACCUGCCUAUGUCUAUCAUUAUUGUUGGUGUGGGCAAUGCAGACUUCACUGACAUGAAUGAGCUGGAUGGAGAUAAUGGUGUGUUAAGGUCACCAAGUGGAGAGCGAGCAAGCCGUGACAUUGUGCAGUUUGUUCCAUUCAGAGAAUAUAAGCAGCGUUCACCCAUAGAGCUGGCCAGGCAGGUGCUUGCAGAGGUGCCCAAGCAGGUGACAGACUACUUUAAGAGCAGAGGCUUGCAGCCAAACAAACCACCUUUGUAGCCCCUUUGGCGCUGCUGUCUGUAAUUGUACCCUUGUAAAAAUUCUUUUUGCGAGCAUCCUAGGAUUACUCACACUCGCUGCAUAAUCUCCCCUUACCCCAUUCUUUUAAUCUCACUUAUAAAAAUAUGUUUCAAAUGAAAGUGAAUUAUUUUGAAGGAAGCUUAUGAAUGCUUAUAGUGAUGGACCCUGCCAGCCAGUAAUUCCUUGAUCAGCAGAUGGUCUGGGCAGAUACUAUUUACUUGCCCAUGUGCUCCAAACUACAGUCAUUGCAGUCAAAGAGCCGGUGAUACAACUACAUUCUGAACAGUAUCUGGUGUCUAGGCUUCUCAAGGCACACUUCAUCUCAUAUCUCAGCAGGCAGAUAUGGAUGGUACCCAACACCUGCUGAUAGCCCUUAGUGUACUUUUGAAGUAGUGACUAAAGGGUUGAGUGCAAAUUUAGGAGCGAUCACUGUCAAAAAAUGGGUAGCUUCAGGGAAAUGCAAGAAAGGGAACAAUUCAGUUAAAGAAAGAUCAUUUUGAUUAGUAAUGUUCAAAUGAUCAGUUGAGAGAAGACAGAACCAAUUCCCAGACACAUAGCUUAAUAAGCGUAAUGUUAAAAUCAACAUGAAAACUAUUGAUGAAUCAUAACUUUAGGACUUUUUAUCAAAAGUGUAUUUAUUUUAUGCGCCAGAAAACUGGCUGUGUACAAACCUUCUCUAUUGUUAUCUUCAUGAUAUUGUUUUGGUGUUAAAAUGUUUUCAGUCGUCAGAACAUGUCACAGGUUUGUGGUAUGCCCGAUCUUGCGACUGAUUUAGAGACUUUGUCUUAAGGGAAUAAUUAAACAUUAAGUUAUUAUCUUACCCUCACUUAGAUGGGGAAAAUCCCUUUUUUUCAGUUUUGAGACAUGGCUUUAUUACAGUGGAAUAUUACCAAGGACAUAUAAAAUGUAAAAUUUAUUCGGGAAAUUCCUUUUAUCCAGUUUAUUUUUAUUUAUUUUACAAAUUUUAUGUUUUUCUGUAUUUGUGCAUGCUUGUAUGUAGCUGCUUGAAGAUUUGUACACUCAGAGUGUGUCUCUGUGUGUGUGUGUGUGCACGCAUGCAUACACACAUGCAUGUAUGUGUGCAGCAGUUUCGACUUGCUGACUUUAAAAGAGAGAGGGUUCAAAAUGUGAAAUGGUAUUUUCUUGUACAUGAUAAGAGAGUAUAUUACAUGUUUUUAAACCAAAGUGUUCAGAAGAUUUCAUAAAAUAUCAAAUAUGUUUAUUUUAAGCAUAGAAUAUUUAACUUCAAGAUUUCUUUGGUUUUAGAAGUGGUUGUUUUAUGUUUAGAUUCAUACAUAAGCAUAACUAAAUGUGUUAUCUUGAAAGUAAUGAAGCUUAUUCAAGUAUUGUCAAAUACAUUGAAAAGUGGGAGCGAAUUGUAAGUGGCUUACUGUGUUUAAGGCUAUUUCAAGCAUCUAUAUCAGCAGAUAUGUUUGUACUUCUCCUUGUUAAUGUUACAACAUUCUAUUUUAUUAAUAUCAGUGGCCUAUUAACUGUUUCAAGGAAGCCAUUUUAAUUAUUGUAUGUGGUCUCAGUUCACAUACAUUCCAAAUUGUUCAUAUUAUGUGUGCAUGCUUCUUUAAUUUUACAUCUAGAAAGAAAAACAAACUAGUCAAAAUGCACCAAAAGAUUCUUUGCUGACAUUUGCUCAACCAUUUAAAACAAAACUUUUACACAUUUUUUAACAAAGUCAUUUAAAGUGAAGCUGGUUUAAAGUGUUUUGGUUCAGGUAGGUAUUUUUAUGAGGAAUUAACAUAUAAAUAUCAAUGCUGCAUAAAAACUAUAUCCUUUGGUAUAAGCAGUCUUAGCUCAAUGUUUAGCAUUUUACUGUUUUAUCUCUAAAGUUUAUUUUCUUAGAUUUGCAUUUCAGGGUUGCUGUUUGAAUUUAAUGAUAUUUCAGCAUUCUGUUAAACAAGUCUUCCUGCAGUGUUUUUAUUGUUGCUGAAUAACUUUCAGACAUAAUUGGCAUUUCUGGUUUCCCUUUAAGUGUUUGGAAUGUUUAAAAUGCAGGGAUCAUGUUAAUGUAUUUUGAGAAACUUUUAAGCAAUUAAGUGUCUUAUUUUUGUGGUCCUAAUGCAAAAUUAUUUGCCAUUAUUUUAGGUGAAUGGAGAUGUACCAAUAGACAUCAUAGAAAUACCCAACUUUCAUUCUAGAUAACUCGUGUUUUCAAAUUGGUCAUCAAUACACACAUUACAAAAUGUAGCAGCAGACCCAAAUCUAGAAAUGGGACUUGCAAAUGGCAUGGCAUUAUUUCAUUCAAACACCUUCUGUGAUAUACUACAGUGACAUCUAGUGCCCAGUGGCUAGAAAGUAUUUGGACCAAGAGCCCUGUGAGGGAUUUUUUAAAAUUGCUUUCAUACCUACUUAUUGUAAUUCUUGAGGUUUUUAUGGAUGCAUGCUUGUCCUGUCAGAAUCUUCAGUGCCCAACGAUAUUGAUACAAAUUACUUUAAACACAAAAGGGGUAUUGAUUUAUGAUCCCAGCAUCUGUGGAUUUUCUGAAGUGUUAUGAAGAAAUGUAUGUAUAUUCUUGUAAUAUGUUUUGCAUUUUAUUUACUUCAAGUAUUUAGUAUACUUGGUAAAUAUAUAGGUAUAUUAUCCAUACUUGAUAAAUGUAUUUAAUAAAUUUGGAAUAUUUCACCUGAUUUUUCAAAAGAAUAUAAGAAUAUAUGGUUUCACAUAAGAUACUAUAGUUCGAUCUUUUGAUAUGUGUCUUUGAUGUCCUGUUAUAUGUGUAGUAUAUAUUUCCCAUAACUUAUUAUUCCUUCUUUAUACAUGGCAGAAUCAUAUUAGAAGCAGUGUUUAUCGAAUAGGAAUUUGUCAGAGCUUGAGAAUGAGAACGCUAUUGUUUUGCUAUGCAAAACUGAGAAAACUGAGUGGGAAGUAAAGAGUAGUAUUCAGACUUGGGUCUAGUGAGUUAGUGUAAGAAAGCUUUCUAAUAUUAAAAAUAAAAUUUUCCAGAGCUCAUCAGCUCUGUUGUCACACUUGUCAUCAAAAUUUUGAAAAAAUGGUCGAGGCACUUAUCUGAGAUGUGUAUUGGCCAUAAUAGGUAGCUAUUUUUGGUCAGAUUAAUUUCUCAUGUUGUAUGAGUGAGAUAUACAAAUUAGUGUGCAUAUUAUUUAAGUUGCAACUCUGUAACAUGAAAUUAUUCCUAAUGUAUCUUUGAGAAAUAUCUUUAUUGACAAGUCUUUAAUUCUUUAAAAUUGACAUUGAUGUUGCUGGUGCUCAUGACAUUCACUGACAAUAAAAUUGUCAUAUUCAUUGCUUAA